UGGAUUCUUUUUCCCAGCUUGUCGCCCUCAACAUGUCACCGUACAGAUUCUACGAAAAUGGCAAUGAGGUGGGAGAUGGGAAAACGGAUCAACAAAUCCACGUGUCGAAAAGAAGGGUCAAUGAGAGAGGGAAAAGCAUAAUUCAGCUGCUCUCUGGUCCACGCUCUGUUCCUAUAACUCGUUUGUCUACUUUUUCUCUGUCUCUAUCAUUGACUCCCAAAAUUUUGACCGAUCCACAAGACACCUCCUCACAAUACCCGAGAUGACGGUGUCACCCGUUCUUGCAGCCUGGGAGGCUUGCGACAAGACAGACACUCUCUUCGUCCUCAUCUGCACCGUCAUCUGCUGGACCAUUGUACCAACUGUCGGCAUAGCCUACUCAGGAUACACAUGGAAGCGCAACGCCCUACACGCCGCCAUGCCCGCCAUCCUCACCAUUGCGACUUGCUCGAUCCAGUGGUUCAUUGUUGGAUACACACUAGCCUACGGCGAGGGCGGCUGGUUCUUUGGUUCCCUCAAGCACUUCUUUCAUAAGGAUGUGCUUUCCGAGCCGGUAGGAAGAAUACCGGCCAUUUUAUUCAGCGAGUUUCAGUUGGUUUUUGAGGCAACGGUUUGUGCAAUUGCUGUGGGCGGAUUCUGCGAGAGGGGGAGGCUGUUGCCGGUUAUUCCGUUCAUCUUUCUGUGGGCGACAUUUAUCUACUGCCCGCUGGCACAUAUGGUCUGGGGCGGAGGCUUGCUUGGAGAGAAUUUAGGCGUGCUGGACUUUGCAGGAGGAACUCCCGUCCACGUCUGCUCCGGCGCCACCGCGACCGCCAUCAGCAUCUACCUCUCCUACCCGCUCUUCCGCUCGCGCAAGUCCGACGUGCGUACGCCCACCCACAUCCGCAUCCACCGACCGGGUAACUCUUUCUUCCAGCUUCUGUCCUUAAUCAUCAUCUGGGGCUCCUGGCUCGCCUUCGAUGCGGGAACCACCCUGGCCCUCAACUUCCAGUCCGUCAUGGCCCUCUGCGUCACCAACUUGUGCGCCGCCUCGGGCGCACUGACCUGGAACCUCAUCACCUUCUACGAGACGGGCAAGUGGUCCGUCGAUUCGACCUUCAUGGGCGCCAUUUCCGGUCUUGUCAUGAUCACCCCCUCGGCUGGGUUCAUCGACAUGCCGACCGCCUGUUUCUUUGGUAUUUUUGGGGCUGUGCUCUGUCGUCAGGCGUUGAGGAUCAAGUUCACCAAGUUUGCGCAUCAUUGGAGGUGGGUUGACAAUGGUGAUACGUUUGCGACGCACUGCAUUGGUGGUGUGGCUGCAACCAUUAUGACGGGACUGUUUGCGCAGAAGGAGCUCGCUGCGUAUGGUGGUGUGGAGGUUGCGGGUGGUGUCAUCUUCGAUGGCAAUAUUCGUCAACUUUGGGUGCAGAUGGUUGAGGCUGUUGUUGGUUUCACAUGGGCGUUUUGCGGGUCGUAUAUCAUUAUUGCUUUGAUUGAUUGCGUUCCUGGGCUUGAGGUUUUGGCUGUUGAUAAACACAUUAGCCAAGGCCUUGAUAUGAACGAGGUUGAAGAGUUUUUGGGUAACUUGGAGUAUCCUGAUGAAGUUGACUAUGCACCAACUGCAAGGGGAACCAUUUCUCUGGAAUAAAUGCCUGGGUAGCUGGUGAAGAAACUAUAUCUAAAAGGCGAGCACAUAGGAUCCUCAAAACCCAAAAGUUCAUAACCCAGUCAUUGGCUACGUUGUACAAUGAACAUUCAUAACAUCCCAUCAUCCAAAUAAACUAUGCAAUCCCGUCCGACUCAUCACAUCGAGCCAAUGCGUUCGCCUCGGCGUAUCAAUCUCCUUAUCAUAUGCGCUCCACACGGCAUGCAGCAACUGCUUAGCCACCCCUAUCGGCUUAGGCGGCAACGACAGCUCGAGCUGACCAAGACGGUCAAUAAGAAACGAUCGAGCCCGCAAUAUCUUGACUGCCUGCGCAUCCUCUUCAUUUUCCCCUGAUGGCGAUGACGAAGAUGGCGACCCCGAUCCUGAUCCAAUACCACCAAUACCCGCAGGCAUCCCCGAAAUUCCCAACCCCAAGUCUGUUGGUAAUGAUGAAGACUCCAAACUCAACAGAUAACUAUACUCCCCUUGCCCCAUUGCCGUCUUGCUAUCGAAUCGCAAACCGCUGCCCGCGCAGAGACAGAGCAAAGGUUGAAUACACCGCAGACUGCUUGCAGGUAUCCGAUCGAGAAUGUCAGUGAUGUGUAGCGCUAGGGGCGAUACCCAUUUUGUCCAGAUGAUUGCCGGGUCGGUGGCGUCCGCCCCUACCCCCGCUGCGUCGAGGUCGGGUAUUCG